GAAGUUGAAAGUCACAAUUAAAACUGCUAAAAAAUCUUAUAAGCUCUUGACACUAAGAUUAGCUAAGAUGGCAUCUUGUGAAGUUAAAGAAGACAAGUACCGUACAUAUAUCUAUGGAGAAGCAGAGAAAAACACCAAAUGGAGGUAUGGAGGCCCACCCAACUAUGAUGUUGUGAACAAGCUCUUUGAAGAAGGCAGAACUAAGAUAUGGCCAACAGGGUCACUUGAAGAGAAAGUGCAAAACCUUGUGAAGACAUGGGAAAUGGAGAUGUUCCACAAGACAAACUUUGAGGACUAUAAAACUGUUGACCGUAACAAGUAUACUCUCAGCUUAAAUGGAAGAAAAGCUUUGACUUUAGAAGAGAAGCGUAAGCUUGGGGGAGGCUACAACAGCUUCAUGCAGACUUCCUUACCAGAAAAUUUGCGGUGCUACAACCCGGCAGAAGAAACAGCAGAUUCUUCUCACAUAGCUUUCACAACUGCCUUUCCUCGAGGAUUUGCAGUGGAAGUUCUUCAUGUCUACUCUGGUCCACCAGUGAUUGUUUACAAGUUCCGCCACUGGGGCUAUAUGGAAGGCCCUUUCAAAGGUCAUGCCCCUACUGGAGAAGUCGUUGAACUCUUUGGCAUGUCCAUUUUUGAGCUAGAUGAACAAGAGAAAAUUGUGAAAGUGGAGUUCUUUCUUGAUCGUGGAGAACUACUUGGAGGUCUUUUAAAGGGUUCAACCUCAGAUGGUAGUACCUCUGAAGAUGGAGCUUCAACUUGUCCCUUUAUGAAGAAAACUGGGUAGUGUUUUCAGUCAACUGAAACAAUCUGCUGAAAGGAAAUCAAGCUAUUAAGCUUAUAUUCUGUGUGUGAAAUAAUAAGCCUUGCCACAUAAGGCAAUUAGGCAUACCAAGUACUUCAAUUUCAUCUAUCGAGUUAGACAGUAGCAUUUUAUCUGGGACUCUGUACUUUCCAUCAAUAAAUCAAGUCAGCUACAAUUUAUACAA